GCAGCCAUUCACACGACUGAUUCUCUCCCAGCUCGACACAAGGAGUAUCUCCGAUUUUCACACUGAUUUUUUUUCUUCUUCUUCUUCUUCUCAUCCGGGACCAUGAUGAUCCCCAGCGUCCUCGCGCCUCCCGCCUUCUACCCGGGGCUGUACCGGCCCGCCGCUGCUCUGCCGUUCCACCACACCCACCCACAGUCCGGCUUCCAGACCCACUCCAGCUUUCUAGUGGAGGACCUGCUGCGGAUAAGCCGGCCCGCCGCCUACAUUAACCGGACUGUGCCUUCAGCGUGCGCCUCGCUGCCGACGGCCACCACCACCUUGUCCUUCAGCGGCGGCGCGCCCGCCGAGCGCGCGAUGGCCACCACCGCGCUGACGCGCGAGUCGUGCUCGCCGAAGAUGUCGGUGUCGAGCGGCAAGGACCCAACUUUUCUCAAGUUUGGCGUGAGCGCCAUCCUCGCACCGUCACCAAAGACCGCGUCAUCACACCCCACUUUCCACAGCCUGCACUCCAAGACCUUCCCCAUCCCUUACUUUGACGGGACCUUUCACCCCAUAUUCAGGACUCCUUACUUACCAGCGUCUUCAUCCGUUGUCCCCAUUCCCGGGACCUUUUCUUGGCCCCUGGCCGCCAGAGGGAAACCCCGGAGAGGGAUGCUGAGGAGGGCGGUGUUCUCCGAUGUGCAGCGCAAAGCCCUGGAGAAAAUGUUCCAGAAACAGAAAUACAUCAGCAAGCCCGACAGGAAGAAGCUCGCCUCCAAACUGGGCCUCAAAGACUCACAGGUGAAAAUCUGGUUCCAGAACCGAAGGAUGAAGUGGAGGAACUCCAAGGAACGCGAACUGCUUUCAUCCGGUGGCUGCCGGGAGCAGACGCUGCCCACCAAAGCCAACCCGCACCCGGACCUCAGCGACGUGGGCAAGAAGUCCUCGGCCGAGGAGGAAGAGGAAGAGGAAGAGUUUCGGAGACAGAGAAUGCGCGCGGAGUCCGUCGUCUCCUCUCCGUCUCUUUCCAGUAAGCACUCGGACUUCUCAGAGUCAGACGAAGAAGAAAUACACGUAUCUUAAUUUAUUUUAAAAUGAAGAAAAAAAAAUAAGCACACAUAGAGAGAAUAUAACCCGCGUUUUGUUUUCAUAUGAGACUGUGAGCAGAUUUGAAAAGAAGCUGCCAACCCCAUAAAAAUUCUCAAAUUUGUUGCUUCAUCAGCGAAUGCGCACUGUACAACAUCUGCUUCUGGGAUACACUUUGCUGUUUUGCACAGCUUUGUUCAAUUGUACAGUAUUUUGUACAAUUUUGUAUGGAAAUUUUAUGCCAAGACUAUUGACUUUCUUUUACCUUGAAUAGAGUUGUUUAUUGCAAAGAAUGUAGCUAUUUCGUUAAUAAUUUAUAUGAAUUUCUUUAAUAAGUAUGUUGUAUUAUGUGCUGUAUAUAUGUUUAUUCCACACUUUUUGUACAA